GGAGGUGACCCCCAGUCGACCUCAGUCGGACGUGGCUCUCCCACCACCCCAGCCGUAAUGGCCGGUGAGCGGAAUGGCGGAUUCCGCCUUCCCUUCCCUUCCCUUCCAAGGAUGUUAAUAAAAGAAAUAUCAGUUAAAAGAUAUACGCGUUUGACCUGUUGCAUUUCCUCCUCCCCUCCCAUCUAUCCCAUCCAACCUUCCCACAAGGAACCACAGAUUAAGAAAUAUCUCACCGUAUCCGGCAGAGAAGAAGGGUAGGACUAAGGGCCUCGACAUAGUCCCAUAUCUGCGCAUCAGUUGGAGGAAAAAAAAGAAGGUAAAGAGCAACAAGUGGGGGUGGGGAAUUAGGACGGCGGAGUUGGAGACGUGAUGAUGGGCGACGGGGUGAAGCAGAUCCUGGCGAAACCGAUCCAGCUGGCGGAUCAGGUGACCAAGCUGGCGGGCGAUGCGCCCACGUCCCGGCAGGAGUGCCUGGAGCUCAAGGCCAAGACCGAGAGGCUAGCGACCCUCCUCCGGCAGGCCGCGCGGGCGGAGCUCUACGAGCGGCCCGCUUACCGCAUCAUGCUAGACACCGAGCUGGUCCUGAAGAAGGCGCUGGUCCUGGCGUCCAAGUGCCGAGACCACGGCCUGAUGCGCCGCGUCUUCACCAUCAUUCCCGCCACCGCCUUCGCCAAGACGGCCACCCAGCUCGACAACUCCAUCGCCGACGUCUCGUGGCUCCUCCGCGUCUCCACCACAGCGGCCAACGACGACCAGCUCCACGGGCUGCCCCCUAUUGCCCAGAACGAGCCGAUCCUCUUCCUCAUCUGGGGCCACAUCGCCACCGUCUACACGGGCUCUCUCGCUGCCCGCUCCGACUCGGCCGCCGCCCUCGCCUCCCUGGCCCACGACAACCUCCACUACGCCAAGGAUGAGUCAAAAGAAUAA